UUUCUAUAAAAAGAGUUAAAAUAAUUUAGUGAGAAUAUAUAAUUAAUCAUUGCCAAAGUAUAUUUUAUAUGUGUCGUAUAAAAACGAGGUGCUGGGUACUGCUUAUACAGAGGAGCAACAGAAAAAUUUACGUUAGGUUUUGUAUACCUUGUAAAUUCAUAAGGGACCCUGAGAAUUAUUAAGGCAUCGAAGAGCAACAUAGGUACCCUGAAAAUGUAUUUGUAGGGUCAACUUGCUUAUACUGGUUCUGAUUUUAUAACUGACAUUUAUAAAUAUAAUGUUAUUGUUUUGUACUCUCAAAACAUAAAAGUAUUCCCUCACAUUAAAAAAAAAAAACCUUGAUGCUACAAUUUUAAAGUUGCAGUCAAAUAACAAUCGGCAGUUUUGUUUAAUGUAAAUACAACUGGGGAAUCAGAACACACACGAGGCAUUUCUAACGUGUCUUAAAGAAACCAAUAGUCGCGGAGGCGGUUCCCGAGUGUGACGCGUGGACUCCGCCCCCGGCCUCGCUGCCGCCUCCCUCGCUCCCUCAGCGCACGGAGCGCAGCCCAGUGUCCAGACCGGAGGCCGGGGGCGGGGCGACGCGGCGACGCGGCCCCGGGCGGCGAGCACCGGUGUAUUUGGAGGCGGCUGUGUCGGGCCUGGGUGUCCGCCUCUCGCGCCCGCCGCCGCCUGCUCCUAUGGGGUCUUUGCAAGGGGCUGACCCGCAGGCUGCUCAUCUUCUUCGACCUGGCCUGGCGGCUGCGCGUCAACUUCCCCUCUACGUCUACAUCGUGGCUUCCAUGAUGCUCAACGUCCGUCUGCAGGUUCAUACUGAGAUCCAUUCUGCUGACUGGCAAAGGCGUGUCGUCAGGCUACCACACCACAGAACACGCAGCAUGAGGGACAGAGUAGGGGCUCUGGGCGGCUACCUCGGGAAGGUGAAGGGGGCAGGGGAGGACUCAGACAAGCUGCUAUGUGGCCUUGAAGGAGCACAGGGGGAGCGCCCGUGCCCGAACUCCUGGAUGCAUACGCCCUGCGUUCAAGUAGAUGGAAAUUCACAAAAUGAGUUAUCAACGGAAGUGAAGAAUGCUGAGGUCAACCUCUCGCUUCACAAUGGCAACAAAGCGCUUCCAUGUUUGAAAGAAUCAUUAAGAAGUUCAGCUUCCGCAGGGGCCUAAAGCAAGACUGUGGAUCUGUCCUGUGCUCCUACAGGAGAGCAUCGUGCUGGGGUCUCCUGUGGUGGUGUGGUGGUGGCUCUGGUGAGGGGCUGGCCGGGAGGAGGGCCCAGGGCCAGCGAGCACACAGAAUGGUGCCACAAAGGAGAACCUUGGGGGUCAGGACUACCGUGCCUUCAGAAACGGCCAGAAAUGGGGAUUUCUGAGGAGGAAGCGCCAAAUGCUCUUCUAGAAGGGCGAGGCUCUGAGUGGGAAAGGUCUGGCCUGCAUCUCCUCCUGUCUACACUGCUCCAUGCAUGCCCCGAAGCAUUCCUGAACGAUGAGACAGAAUGUGUUUUCCUUGGCCAUUCAAAGCCCGCAUUUUCAGAGCAAACAGAAUCCAAGAAAACGCUUUCAGGCACAAGUACCUCAACUGAUCUGCAGAUAACACUGGGGUUACUACUGGCUCUACCAGCUUUGGAAGGAGCAAAUCCUGUAUGCCACAGUUAAGGUACAAGCAGAACAACAAAAAGAGUGAGAUUGAUUUCGAAAGCUGUCUUAGAGGGGCGCCUGGGUAGCUCAGUCAGUCAGGCGGCCAACUUCGGCUCAGGUCAUGAUCUCGGGUUGGAGACCCUCGUUGUGCCCCGUGCUGGCAGCUCGGAGCCUGGAGCCCGCUUCAGAUACUGUGUCUCCCUCUCUCUCUCCCCCUCCUCUGCUUGCUCUCU